AUGUCUGCCGAAGAACGUUCGAAUUUUUCCAAUAAAAUUUGUGCGGUCAAGAAAGAUAAUCCGAGCCCGAAGAACGAAAAUAGAAAAAAAGAUAAACGGGAUCGCCGUAGUAAUCACAAGAAAAAUAAAGCCUCUGUCAGAAUUCGAGAAAAGGGGUCCCAGCAUUUUGUUUCGUCGACAGCUUCUGAAGAAAAGCCGUUAACAAAUCCAACCAAAUCGAAGAAGCGAAAGUUAACUGCCUCGGGACAAGAAGAUAUUGUGGAAAGAAGAAGUAGAAAAAAUGAUUUUUUAGGCAUUAAUGACCUCGACUGGUCUGAAGUGCAAGUUCCAGAAUCGACGUUUGUGGCGGACGAAGAGAAUUUAAGCGGCUUCCUGUGUUUAGAAGAGGUAGACAACGUUCAUAUCGAAUACGAAGAAACCGCCACCAAGGGAAAUACCAUCAAAUUCAAGAAAGUCCACAGUGAUCAAUAUCCGUCAAAAAGGAUAAAAAAAAAUGCUCCCGCAAAACCCGAAGAACCACUAUCUGCUAGUGAAUCGUUGAAGUACUAUGAUUUGGAUAACUUUGACGAAAACAAUUUGAAGAAUCCAACCAUAUCUGGAGAUUCUGAAUCGCGGUCAAAUCCUCAAUCAACAGAAAAUUCGGAACAAGAAGAAAAUGAUGUUCCUCAGAUCGAAGUUGAUCAGACUAGUAAUACAAUAGAAAAAAAAUCUCAGGAUAAUAAGCAUAUAAAUAUCACAAUGGAAUCAGCGAGUAAGGAACCGGAAAAGGUUAAUAUAGAUGCGUGGGAAAAGUUCAAUCUUUCAUCUGACAUCUUGGAUGAACUAAGGUCCCUGAAAUUCAGUGCACCGACGCCUAUUCAGGAAAAUGCCCUUCCGUUCGGAUUAUCUGGACGAGAUGUUGUCGGUACUGCAGAAACAGGCUCCGGCAAAACACUUGCUUUUGGAAUCCCGAUUUUGGACUACAUCAUUAAGAAUAGGGGAUCGAAUGUCAAAGGUCAACUAACGGGUCUCAUUUUAACCCCCACUAGAGAAUUGGCGAUUCAAAUUAAGGAACACCUUGUAAAUAUAAGUAAGAGUGGUGCGGUUAAGAUAAUAGCUGUCGUGGGUGGCAUGUCCAUACAAAAGCAAAAACGAUUGUUGGCAAAAAUGCCUAACAUAAUCGUCGCAACACCUGGUCGACUGUGGGAACUACUUUCGGAGAGCGAUGAUUAUCUUCAAAACAUUCGCCACAUUAAAUACCUAGUCUUAGACGAGGCGGAUCGAAUGCUCGAAACUGGUCAUUUCAAAGAAUUGAAUCACAUUCUCACCAUUUUAUCGCAAAGCCGACAGAACACAAGUGAUUGGAAUGAAAAUAAAAUUAUAACGGAGAAUAUGCAAGGUCCUUCACGUCAAACAUUUAUAUUUUCAGCCACCUUAGAUAGCAAUUUGAAAGAAAAUUUAAAACGAAGAAAAAAUAAUAAACCUCAGAAGAUGGAAUCCGAGUCAAAAGGAACAAUGGCCGAGUUGAUGCAAAGGUUAGAAUUUAAUGAUCCCGAUCCCGUGUUCAUAGACAUUACACCAAAGGAGUCUGUUGUGGAAACUCUCCAAGAAUCCAAGAUUGAAUGCCUAACCAAGGAUAAGGAUUUAUAUGUAUACUAUUUCGUCACGAGAUAUCCUGGUCGAACCCUCAUAUUUGUUAAUAGUAUUGAUGCCAUCCGUCGAAUUGUUCCAAUAAUGAAGUUAUUGAAUAUUGAAGUUUACGGCCUUCACGCACAAAUGCAGCAACGACAACGGCUAAAAAAUUUGGAUCGUUUCAAACAAAACCCCAAAGCCGUGAUGGUUGCCAGCGAUGUGGCUGCUCGUGGAUUGGAUAUUCCUCUUGUCGAUCACGUGAUUCAUUACCAGUUGCCACAUUCCGGAGAUAUAUAUAUUCACAGAAGCGGUCGUACAGCUCGUGCGCGUAGAGAAGGUAUCAGUUUGAUGUUAUGUAGUCCUGAGGAAAUAUCCUUGUACCGAAAGAUUCUUGGAAAAUUGAAAAAAGUCGAUGAUAUUCCAAAUUUUCCGAUUGAUGCUGGAAUAAUAAGCUCUAUGAAGCAAAGAAUUAACUUAGCGAAGCAAAUAGAUCAAGAAGAACACAAAUUACAAAAGAGCAGUCACGACGAUGGUUGGUUGAAGAAAGCAGCCGAAGAAUUAGGGGUAGAAUUGCAUGAAGAUCUUCUAAAUAACAAGAACGGCGGCGAUAACGAAGGAUCGAGAAAUAAUCAACAUAAUAAGAAAGAUCGAAUUCGAUCACUUAAAGCUCAACUAAAAGAAUUAUUGUCACAGCAAUUGAUUCCUCGCGGGGUCUCUACUAAAUACUUGACGAGUGGCAUCGUGCGUGAUCUGGCCGACAGAUUGUUAGAUGAACCAUCACAUAAUGCUCAAAUAAUGGGAGUGAAAAAGACGAAAGCCACAGAAGAUUUAAAGUCAAAGAAGUCAUCUAAAAAAAGAAAAAAAAAUUCUAUUUAA